AUGUUGCAGUCUAUCUCUACCUACUUCAAUCAAGGGCCGAAAGAACAAAAGACCCCCCAGACCAAGGUCAACGAAACCUCCCGCGACACCUCGACAAGUGAUGGGGCGGCCAAUGCAGUGCUUGGUGGCAGUAACAUUGCGGACCCGGAAAAGAAAGAUGCUGGCACUGAAGCUGGGGAACAAACUUUGGAUCCGAUGACCAGCCGUAUUGAAGGUGGAGUCGAGUACAAGUCGAUGGUCUGGUGGCAAGCUGGGAUGGUGAUGGUUGCCGAGACCAUCUCUUUGGGAAUCCUUUCGCUUCCCAGGGCCAUGGCUACCCUUGGGAUAGUCCCAGGUUUGAUCCUCCUGGUGUGUCUGGGUGCCAUGGCUUCCUACUCCGGAUAUGUCAUUGGCCAAUUCAAGAUUCGCUAUCCUCACAUUCAUUCGAUGGGAUGUGCUGGGGAGGUGCUUUUUGGUCGUUGGGGCGGCGAGAUCCUCGGAUGGGGUCAAUUUUUGUUCUAUGUCUUCAUCAUGGGCAGUCAUAUCCUGACCUUUUCCAUCAUGAUGAACGCCAUCACGGAGCAUGGUGCCUGUACCAUCAUUUGGAUGGUGGUUGGGACCAUCCUCAGUCUGGUCUUUACCCUUCCCCGGACACUCAAGAAUCUUUCCUACUAUUCCGUUGCCAGCUUCAUCAGCAUCAUCGGGGCGGUGAUGAUCACCAUGAUCGGAGUCAGCAUCACCAAGCCAGGCAUGAGACUUGUUGACGGACAUGAGGUUCUCACCGUCCGACUCUGGCCAGAAGAUAAUCUGUCUUUUUCUACCGGAUUUUUGGCAGUUGCCAACAUGGUCUUUGCCUACGCAGGACAUGUUGCCUUUUUCACCUUUAUUUCGGAGUUGAAGAAUCCUCGGGACUUCCCCAAAGCGCUGGCCUUUUUACAAUGCAGCGACAUCAGCAUGUACAUCAUCACCGCGGUGGUGGUGUACUACUAUGCUGGGGAUCGAGUGGCUAGUCCAGCCCUGGACAGUGCCAGUGAUGUCGUCAAGAAGGUCGCGUAUGGCGUUGCAAUCCCCACCAUUGUCAUUGCCGGAGUGGUCAAUGGGCACGUGGGUGUCAAGUACCUGUAUGUCAGACUGCUCCGGGACCAUUCGGAAGAUCUCAUGCACCAAAAGACGUGGAAAUCGUAUGGCAUCUGGGUGGGCAUUUGCACGGGGUCCUGGCUGGGGGCGUGGGUCAUCGCGGAAGCCGUUCCCGUCUUCAGUGAUUUGUUGGGCUUGACCAGUGCUCUGUUCGCCAGUUGGUUCACCCUGGGAUUGAGCGGCAUGUUUUGGAUCAAGAUGAACCUGACGAGGAACGGCCAGAGGUGGAAGGUUGUACCCCGAAAUGGUUGGAGUUUCAGCAAGACCAUGUUGUUACUGGUCAACCUGUUGAACAUCGGGGUUGGAGCCAUCCUGUGCGUUGUCGGACUGUAUGCCAGCAUUUCAAGCAUGGUCCACAACGGAGCCACCAACAAGCCUUUCAGUUGUGCCAACAAUGCAGCUCGUUGA